UAUUUAUUUUAUUCCAACUUGGUUAUUUUCGCCUUUUCUUUCCGCGUUGCCUGACUUUUUCGGAUGGGUUUUCAGACCCUUACUUAGCUCAACUGUACGGUACAUCAUCUACUCAUCCUGCCAAUCUCCCACUCCUUUGAGCUGUACGCGUUAUCAUGUUUCGCCGAGCUAUCAUUCGAGUCCCUCGAAGGCUCACGAUAGCGUCUCCUCGCACGCCCCUCUGUUUAGCCUCGGCUCGAUAUAUCUCUCCCACCACCACAAGAAUGUCGCUCUCUACGUCAGCCUUACUCUCAGGCUCGUUCCAACUACUACCCGAAGAGCGAAAGGCGGGCGCUGAAGAGGACGCCCUAUACGAAAAUCAGAUUAGAGAUGUCGAGGCUUGGUGGUCUUCGCCUAGAUUUGCUGGCAUUAGGCGACCCUAUACCGCUGCCGAUGUUGUGUCUAAGCGUGGCUCCCAAAUUCAAAGUUAUCCUAGCUCCAUCAUGGCACGCAAGCUUUUCAACCUCAUAAAAGAGAGAGAGGCAGCAGGAAAACCAAUACAUACCAUGGGAGCUAUUGAUCCAGUCCAGAUGACACAACAGGCACCACACCAGGAAGUCCUCUACGUUUCAGGCUGGGCCUGUUCAAGCGUUCUAACGACCACAAACGAGGUCUCUCCCGAUUUUGGUGAUUACCCUUACAACACGGUGCCCAACCAGGUCCAGCGUAUGGCCAAGGCGCAAUCUAUGCACGACCGCAAACAAUGGGAUCUUCGCCGCAAGAUGACCCCCGAGGAGCGUAAGAAGACACCCUACGUUGACUAUCUACGACCCAUUGUAGCAGACGGCGAUACGGGUCACGGAGGUCUCAGCGCCGUAUUGAAGCUUGCAAAGCUAUUUGCCGAGAAUGGCGCAGCGGGUGUACACUUUGAAGAUCAGUUACACGGCGGCAAGAAGUGCGGACAUCUCGCAGGCAAGGUGCUUGUGCCCAUAGGUGAUCACAUCAAUCGUCUUGUUGCCGCGCGUUUCCAGUGGGAUGUCAUGGGUACCGAGAAUCUGGUAAUCGCACGAACAGACUCGGAAAGUGGUAGGCUCAUCUCGAGCGCCAUCGAUACUCGCGAUCAUGAAUUCAUUCUUGGCGUCGCAGAAGAGGAUGAUGCGCCCCUUGCCGAGACUCUUCAAGAGAUGGAAGCCAAUGGUGUUCCAGGUUCUGAGAUUGAUGCUUUCGAAGCGAAAUGGGUCGAGACACACAAGCUCGUGACUUUUGACGAGGCAGCCGUUGAGCAAAUGCGCGCGCAAGGUGUCACACAAGACAAGAUCGAUGGCUACCUCGCGGCAGUCUCAGCGGAUGGUACCGUAGGUCUCUCUCGGCGGCGACAAAUCGCCAACGUGCUGGUACAGAAGCCAAUCGUCUGGAAUUGGGACGUGCCGCGCACACGGGAAGGCUUCUACCACUAUCGGGCGGGUAUGGAGGCAGCGACAAAACGAGCACUCGCCUUUGCCCCUUACGCCGACCUUCUGUGGGUUGAGACAGGCGAUCCUAACGUUGAAGUAGCAACCAAGCUCGGCCGCACCAUCCGUUCCGUCAACCCCGGAAAGGGACUCGUGUACAACCUGUCUCCAUCGUUCAACUGGAUGGCGCACGGUUUCAACGAUGAGACGCUCAAGUCCUUCAUUUGGGAUCUAGCACGUGAAGGCUUCGUGCUGCAGCUCAUCUCGCUCGCAGGUCUUCACAGCACAGCUACCAUCACCAACGAGCUGGCUCGGGAGUUCAAGAAAGAUGGAAUGUUAGCAUAUGUCAAUAUUGUGCAACGUCGCGAGAAAGAGCUCGGCUGCGAUGUUCUGACACAUCAGAAAUGGAGUGGUGCUAGCUAUAUAGACGGCAUCCUCGGUGCUAUCCAGAGCGGUAGCAGUAGCAGUAAGAGCAUGGGCGAGGGUAACACGGAGGGACAGUUUGAUUAAAAAGCACAAAGUUUCUUGAGAAGCUCGUUUACCUGUUUGCGAGGAGUGGGGCGUUUAUUAGGGCAUGGCAUCUAUGGUUACACGUUGUAUAUAAAGCGUGCACAUUCUUGGGUACAGAUGUAUACACAUUGCAUUCGUUGGAUCA